CGGAUGCUGCUGAGACUAGUGCAGAGUGGGCGACUGCGGUAUCUUGGCAGGAGCAUCAAUCAUAGGCUCGUCCACAUUUGUUUACCGUCGAAAUCAGCAGGCGACCCGAAAUAAACUCGAAAGGCGAUUGAACAUUAACGUUUUGGGAUCUUAGUUCACAUUUUUCCAAACCCGUUUUCAAGAUUUUUAAUGGAAAAUGGCGAUAUGCACUCCGUCUUGCAGCAUUGUCUGCUUGGUAUCUUUCCAGAUUAUCUUGAUUUUCAAUGUACAGUGGCCUGGCGCCGAUGGUCUCACGUUCCCCCAGCAAUACACAAUAAUGCACUGGGCCAGGCGCAUCGAGCAGGAGAUCGACAGAGUCUUCCAGCACAUCAGCGGAGCCCAGCAGCUAAAAGGGAUCUACAAUGAGAAAAGAAGGCAGUUCAGCCUGGUAAAGAAUUCUCCUUAUGAGAUGGUGGAGAAGGUAGCUUCAGACAUCGAGAAGCUACUGGCCAAGAAACGCAAAGCACUUGAUAGGCUGGCCAGUGAAGCAGAACGUGUCCAGCGAGACCAUCCCUGGCACGACAGCGUCAAGGAGUGGAACAUGACGUAUUAUGAUUCCAAGGCAGAGCUAGACUAUCAGUACUCCCUGCAAGAUGGUGAUGGGGAAACAGUGAGCCCUCCACUACAGGUGGAGUUUGUGUAUGACCCUAACUUCAAAAACAAGGUCAACUACUCCUUCACAGCCGUUCAGAUCCCCACAGACAUCUACAAAGGAGCCCCAGUGAUUCUAAAUGAGCUGAACUGGACCCAGGCGCUGGAGAAGGUGUUUAUGGAGAACAGUCAAGAGGAUCCUUCACUACUCUGGCAGGCAUUUGGUAGCGCCACUGGGGUCACUCGCUACUACCCAGCCACACCGUGGAGGGCCCCUGAUAAGAUCGACCUUUAUGAUGUGAGGAGAAGGCCAUGGUACAUCCAAGGGGCUUCAUCCCCCAAAGACAUGAUCAUACUCGUUGAUGUGAGUGGCAGUGUGAGCGGCCUCACUUUGAAGCUGAUCAAGUCAUCAGUGAUGGAGAUGCUGGACACUCUGUCUGAUGACGACUAUGUCAACGUGGCCAGGUUUAAUGAAAAGGCAGAGGCAGUGGUCCCUUGCUUCAAACACCUGGUCCAGGCCAACGUUCGCAACAAGAAGAUCUUCAAAGAGGCUGUAAAGCUCAUGCAAGCUAAAGGCACCACAGACUACAAGUCUGGUUUCCACUUUGCCUUCAAUCAGCUACUAAACAAGACGAAUGUCCCGCGAGCUCACUGCAAUAAAAUAAUCAUGCUGUUCACUGAUGGAGGGGAGGAUCGAGCUCAGGACAUCUUUGAGCAGUACAAUUGGCCCAACAAAACGGUGCGGGUCUUUACAUUCUCUGUGGGGCAGCACAACUAUGAUGUCACACCCUUGCAAUGGAUUGCGUGUGCCAAUAAAGGUUUCUAUUUUGAGAUCCGCUCCAUCUGUGCCAUAAGGAUUAACACCCAGGAGUACCUGGAUGUGCUGGGCCGCCCCAUGGUCCUGGCAGGCAGCCGUGCCAAGCAGGUUCAGUGGACCAAUGUCUAUCAGGAUGCCUUGGGUCUGGGACUUGUUUUUACUGGGACCAUGCCUGUUUUUAAUCUCACCGUGGAUGGAAACUCACAGAAUCAGCUCAUAUUGGGUGUCAUGGUGGUGGACGUGCAUCUGGACGAAAUCAAAAAGCUGACGCCCCGAUACAACCUUGGAGCCAAUGGGUACAUAUACGCCAUUGACCCAAAUGGAUACCUUCUCCUGCAUCCAAACCUUCACCCAAAGCUGCUCGACCUACCAGAGCCUGUAACACUUGACUUCCUGGAUGCUGAGGUGGAGGACAGUUCCAAACAGGAAAUCCGCAAACAUAUGAUUGAUGGCAGACCGGGUGACAUGCAGAUUAAGACGCUUGUAAAAUCAAUUGAUGAGCGAUACAUAGAUGAGGGAGUUCGGAGUUACACCUGGACACCCAUCAAUGGUACAGACUACAGUCUGGGCCUGGUACUGCCGCCCUACAGUGAAUACUACAUCCAGGCAGACCUGAGUGAUGUGAUGCUGCAGCUCCAGUAUCUGCAAUCUUUGCUGCCCAGCUCCUUUGAAUCAGGGGGACACGUGUUCCUGGCUCCCAGGGAAUACUGCAAGCGUCUGCACAUCUCUGACAACAACACACAGUUCCUGGAGAACUUCCUAUCUCUCAUGGUGGAGAUCACACCAGAAUCUGAAGACUGUGAUCAAGGCCUCAUUCACAACCUGAUCUUGGAUUCUGGAAUCAUCUGGCAGCUAGCAUCUAGAGUGUGGAAGAACAAGGAUAUCCAAACGUAUGGUUUCCUGGCAUUAUUUGCAGCCACAGAUGGAGGUGUAACCCGGGUCUUCCCCAACUCGGCUGCUGAGUCGUGGGAUGAGGACCCUGAGCCCUUCAACUCUAACUACUACCGCCGCAGCCUUGACAACAAGGGCUAUAUGUUCAGAGCUCCACCCAGAGCCUCCAUGGAUGAUCCGGUGACCUCGGAGAACGGCACCAUCGGAAUCCUGGUCAGCACUGCCGUGGAAGUCAACCUGGGAGGCAAGAACCUGAAACCGGCAGUGGUGGGGGUGAAGCUAGACUUGGAAGCAUGGGUAGACAAGUUCAAGAUCUUGGCCAGCAACGUGUCUGACAGUCGUCAGGGCUCGCAAAAGUGUGGGCCAUCCAGAAGUUGUGAGAUGGACUGCGAAGUUAACACUGAUGACUUACUCUGCUAUCUGAUUGACGAUGGUGGCUUCCUGGUGAUGUCCAACCAGAGGGAUCACUGGAAAAAGGUGGGCCUUUUCUUUGGUGAUGUGGACCCCUAUCUUAUGCACGCGCUGUAUAACAACUCCAUCUAUGCCCGCCGGCAGUCUUUUCAGUACCAGUCAGCAUGUGAGCCAGUCAGCAGCAGCCACACAGGGGCAGCACCCAGGGGCAUCUUUGUGCCCUCCAUCGCAGACAUGCUCAGUCUGGCCUGGUGGACAUCGGCGGCAGCAUGGUCUGUAGUCCAGCAGCUGCUCUAUGGACUGGCCUACAACAGUUGGCUCUACACAGGUGAUGUUCUGGCAGAUGGGUUUGACCAGAAGGAGAGCAGCUGUGUGACCAUCCAAAGCCAGUUCUACUUCACCAACACCACCAACUCAUACAAUGUGCUGCAGGACUGUGGGAACUGCUCCAGGUUAUUUCAUGCUAAGAGGAUAGAGAACACCAACCUGUUGUUUGUGGUGGCUGAGACACUGCCCUGUAGCUCCUGUGAGAUUGAGAGACUGACCCAGGUCAAAACGGAGUUCCAGGAGGAGGAUCCCUGUGAGGUGUUGAACUCUGCACGCUACCGGAGAGGCCCGACCGAAUGCUGGGACUACAACAUCUGGGAGAACACAUCGGAGUGUGGGAGAGGCCAUUCCCUACAAUCUUCAAUAGGAAUCCUUUUCUCUAUCCAGCUGAUCCUGACUCUUCUCUCUCUCUGACACCUGGACUAGACCAUUACCACAGUCAUCAUUCGACUAUCUCCUGACAUCCAUUAUUUUACUCUUCCCUUUGUUCUUCAACAUUUCUUUGUCUACUUCUGGUCGGGGAUUGACCUCUGCCAAAAAAAAAAACUUCCUCUUUCCUCUCCCUUUCUCUAGUGUGAUUUCCCUUAAUCUCUCUCUCUCUCUGCAUUUCCAUUGCAUGUCUCAUAUGACAGGCCACUUGAAAAGAAGAGAGUUUCUCUUAUUUUGAUGACAGUAAAUUGCCCCAAGUGUGAGAUAUGGAACAUUUUUUAAAUCAUCCAUAUCCUUUUUAAAAAAUCACUUAAUUUGAAUGUGUGAUAAAGGGAUGUUAUGACAAAUAUUUUAUUGACUUAGAUGUUAGUUAGCAUCAAUGCUCAAUAUGUUCUAAAAGUGCUUCCAAAAGCCAAAUAAGAAGUGAUUGAGAGAUUUUAAAAAACAACAACAUUGUAACAAAAGUACAGUGGACCGUUGCUAUCAACUGAUACAGUACAUUUUGUUUUUGUGAAUUUUACAUGAACAUAUAGUAAAUAUAUAAAUACAAAAAAUAUGUAAAAUAUAUUCCA